AUGAGCUACAGUGCCGGUUGGAUUAGAAACGAAGACCCGAGGUUCUUUGGAGGUUCAUAUACAUGGGCUCAUUUUACAAGUCUCGAUUCGAGCACUUCUGCUGCGUUGAUGUUUGCUUUUCAAGGAACAGCCGUUUCAUUCUGGGGAAUCACCCCAUUCGACCCCGUCGUGCUAAACACAAAGCUGCCGCUCCUCAUCAAAAUCGACGGCAUCGACACCCCACCAAGUUUCCCAUUAUACAGAGAGCCGGAUGGGACGUACAGCGAAAUGUACAGGUCUCCCGUGCUACAUCCCGGGAAACACAACAUCUCCUUAACAAACAUUUACGGAGUGUAUCUAGACUUUGCCAUCGUCUACGGGGACCCGAGCCUUCCGAUCGUGAAUGGUUCGACUAUCUUAAUUGACGAUACGGAUCCUGGAAUACGGUACCAUGGAAAUUGGAAUGUGGGGAACGAGGAGAAAUUUUUGAUAACCUCAGCGGGACUUGGAGAUGCAGAUCCUGUACGGGAGAUUUCUGGAAGGGCGAUGGGGAAUACAACGCAUGCGACGAAGAAUGUAGGGGAUGGGUUUUCGGUGAGUUUCAAUGGUACCGUGCCUUCUGUCUAUGGGAUCAUUGACGCACGUAGCAACGGGACCAUCCACGUAACCUUCACUCUCGACGGUGAACCCUCAAAUAAGAUUUAUCAAAUCCCAGGACCAGGUAUCGACCCUGGUGGUGGACAGCUCCUUAACCAUCUGCUCUACCAGAACGGGGCAAUCAAGUCAGGGCCGCAUACGCUUGAGGCACAAUUAACUGCCAUCACCGGAGAUCAGAGUCUGUUAUUUGACUAUUUCACUUACCGGUGGUUGCCAAGUUCGAAUGGCACUUCCCCGGGAUCCGUUGGUGGAACUAGUAAUGGGAAUGGAACUGGUAGUACUACGCCGUCGCCGGUACCGUCAAAUCAUAGUAGUAAACCAGUGCGGUCGAUAGUAGGUGCGGUUGUAGGAAGUGUGUUUGGGGCACUUGUUCUGGGGGUCAUUGUGAUAUGUCUGCUUGUGCGGUGGAGGAAGAAAAGAAGGACCGAAAAAGUGGCUAUACAAGUGGAACCGUGGAUAUCGGACCACAAAGCCGGAGGCACGAACGAUAUCCUGGCUUCGGAAAUCAAAAGUUACUCAAGCCCAAGUCCAGUCCCAGUUCGUCGGAAAUCACAAGAGGCACACACACUCUCAGCAAUAACAGAGCCAGACGAGGAGAUGAUAGGACCAGGACCACUUAUGUACUUAACAGGUCAACAACCAAGGAAUGAAGGGGUUAGAGAACAAAUUGAAGUCGUAAACGAAGGAGGAGUAAAUGAAGGAACAGGAUUAGUCACAGGGAAGGAGACGAUCCCCGGGCUACCAGCAGAACGACCCAGACCCACCAUAAUCACCGAGCUCUCUGGGCCCGCUUCCGUUCAAUCACCUGGAGCGCAAACGGAGAUCACCGAGCUCACAUCCCGGGUAAAUACCCUGACGAGGGAAGUACAGAGAUUGAGAAGGUCGUUCAUACCGUUCUUCGCGCCACCUUCGUAUAAUAACACGGGUGAAUCGGGCGUUACUACUCUUCCAUCGUAUGCCCAUGGUGAGUCGAGGUGA